UCCUUUCAUCAUACACGUCAUCCCCUCUACUUAUACCCAGUGUCGCUCUCUUCUCCCGGCAUCCACCAUGAUGAGCAACAAAAAAGUACUGUUCACAACCGCCGCUGUCGCGGGCCUCGGCUAUUACAUGCUGCGCCGGAACAAGGGCUCUGCCGAGAAAACCGGCAAUGACCUCGGCAAGGCCAUGCAAUCAAAAGGCAGAAGACUGGACAACGCCGUCGACUCUGCCGCAGAAAAGUCUGCCUCUAUGGUUCGCAGCGGCGCUGAUAUGAUUUCAGAACAGCUCGAAAAACCGCGUCAAAACACGAACGCAGCCAUUAAUGAGGCCCAGUCCAAGGCGAACGAGGCCGCCGAAGCGACCAAGCAGAAGUCUUCUAAGUGGUUCUCGUAAACCACGUGGAGAACGUGUGCGACGAGCGCGCCAAUCACACGCUCAUGCGCCAUUUAAGCGACUUAAGCGCUAGGUUGGCGGGAGAGCCAUACACGUGCACACACGUGCUCGCUUAUGCCAUCGCUCGCUUAACUUUAAUUUGCUGGGUAACUUUCCGCUCACAAGCCUCGCCGCACUUUACGACUCGAUAUGUUUGUAAUGAAU